AUGACCCAAACACUCGGCAUAGUCCUUGACCCGGACGCGAUGGCGCGCGAGCUCUCCAAAACUGAGCGUGAGACUGACGCAGAAUUCGAAAAGCUUCUCGAAGAGGAAAGACAGGCCAUUGCCGACCAUCAGCUCGCUUUGACUUUGGCCGGCUUGAGUACCGAAGACCCAGAAUUCGUACUCAGCUCGACCUACGCUACGAACCUGUCCAACGAUCGCUCCCUCGGUACCAAUGAGCAGUGGGCUCGUGCAAAGGAGCUCUAUGCCGAAAUCCACGCAUACGAGAUGGGUUCGCAAACUUCAACGGAGCCCGAUGAGACAAGCGAUACCGAAGAAGAAGGGACUGACUACGACUCGGAACCUACCCUGGAAGAGCCCCUCACUCUGUGCGGGAUGUGUCUCGAUAAUAUACCGACCACAGACACCCUGACACUCGAAUGCAAGCCUGGCCCUCGAAGACGUCUCGAUCUUUCCUCCUAA